ACCUUCCCUGCGGGGCUGAGCCAGACGCUGGGGAAGUUCACCGACGUGGGCCGGUUUGUCACCCUCACCACCCAGAGUCUGCACCGCCUGCCACCCCACGUCCAGCAGAAGUUUGUCCGCCUCAAAGGCCGGGACAAGCUACCCGAACUGCUGCAGCUACUCAAGGAGCGCCCAGCGUCCAGCGGGGCUGUUCUCAUCUUCUGCAACAGUGCCAGCACUGUCAACUGGCUGGGCUAUAUCCUGGAUGACCACAAAAUCAAGCACCUGAGGUUGCAGGGACAGAUGUCAGCAGCUGCUAGAGCUGGCAUCUUUGCCUCCUUCCAGAAGGGUGACGUGUCUGUCCUUGUCUGCACUGACCUUGCCUCGCGGGGACUGGACACCAGCGGUGUGCAGCUAGUGGUCAACUAUGACUUCCCAGACACCCUGCAGGACUACCUGCACCGCGUGGGGCGAGUUGGACGGGUUGGAAGCAAGGCACCUGGAGCCGUGGUUAGUUUUGUCACCCAUCGGUGGGAUGUGGACCUGGUGCGGAAAAUAGAGACUGCAGCCCGGAAAAGGACAGGUCUCCCAGGCAUGGACUCCUCUAUUAAUAAGCCUCCACCUAAAGGAGGUUGAUUCAGGUUGCCAAGCAGUAAUAAAUGGCCUGGUUGAAUGACUAAGCUUGAAGUCAUUAAGGCAGAGCAAAUGAGCUUCUGUGUGUAAGUUAGACUGAAAGAAUAGAGAAUUGAGUUUCAAACCAGGUGAUCAGGUUAACUUUGUGCAUUGUUCUGGAAGCUGCAAUAGUCAUUUCCAUAGGCAUCACAACUCAUGACUUUCCAAAAGGAAGCUAGUAAGUGAGUAACAAAAUGCCUUUGGAGGAGACUGAAGAAUGAUCUCAUCAGUUGAUUUUAUUUAAUUUUGUUGAGACCUUUAACUUAAAUUCACAUCAGAAUGAAAGUAUGCCUGUAUGAUAUGUGGCUCUGUUGCAUUUCAUUGCUUCCCACCACCAGCAGCUAAACAUUCAUUACUGAAACUUAAAAAUUACUACUGUGGUGGGACAAAAAAAGAAAAUAUUUUCCUAACUUGGAUAUAACUUUGACCAAUUAUAGAUACAUGUAGAAAGACUAAAGGACAAAUUAUAUUUUAUUUUCUUGUGAUGUAGCAGUUCAUUCAGAGAAUUCUAGACCAGAUACUGCUAAAGCUCAGUGGGAACAAGAAGGCACAACAAAGCUUGAGGCUUUUUCAAGGUCUUAAUUUGUCAUUUUAUGGUUACCUUUCACUGAGAAAGGGCAUCUUGCUGCUUCCUGUUCUAUUAAAUUAAAAAAAAGUGUUUUCUGCAUGCUG